AUGGCACCGAAGCAGCCCGAGAAUGUUCCCAUGGUGACUUCAUCUGAAGAUGAUGAGGAAGAGUCUGGUUCUGUCCAAAACAAAUCUGAUUCUUCUAGUGGUGAAGAGUCCGACUCUUCUUCUGAUGAGGAAUCCCAACCGGUUGUGUCACCAAAGAAAGAUGAAAAGACUCCGGUUAAAACAAGUGUUGUGAGCAAGCCUUCUAGUUCCAAGACAACCACCAAACCGACUCAUGUGGUUAGCUCUCUGGUGAAGACUGAUGAAAAGCCAAAGCAGAAUCUGUUUGCUAGGAUCUUCAGCGAAGAAGAUGAAGUUGUUUUGCUUAAAGGAAUCAUUGACUUCACUGGUAAGAAUGGAAACCCUACUGAGAAUAUGGAUGUUUUUUACGAAUAUGUUAAAAAGUCCAUUAGUUUCAAUGUUACGAAAGAUCAGCUAGUCACCAAAGUCCGUAACUUGAAGAGAAAGUUUGAUGAAAAGAUUCUCAAGUCUCUUGAUAAGGGAAUAACUGAAGAAGACCAGAUCGUGUUUUCGAAAGCUUUUGACAAGAGGUGUUUUGAUUUGUCGAGAAAGAUUUGGGGCAUUGACGGUGUUUUGCCUUCCAAGUCAAAGAAGGUGCGCCAAGAAGAGCUUGGAAAGAGGGUUAAAGAUGAAGAAGAUGAAAAGCCAGAGAGACAUGUCAUAAGCAGCUCUUCGUUAUCUUUUGGUCAAGAGUACGUCUCUUUCUUUAAGGCUGAGAAUCCUACUUGUGUUUUUGAUGAAGCUGAAUGGAUCGCCAUUUUGGAUGAUCUCAAAGAUGGACCAGAGAAGAGAAAGUGGGAAGCAAAAUUGAAGAAGACUAAGGCUUUGAAAGAGGGGAUUGUUAUGGCUAAGCUUGAUUUUGCGACUUUUGUAACCAAAGCGAUCUUCAAACAAGACUGAAUCCGCUUUUGGUAAGUAGGUGAAACAUCUGGUUUGGUAUGUUGGUGAAAAUGGUGUUUUUACCAUUUUUAGUUUUCAU